UAUCUGUUCAAGCUUGGAAUUGCUCCUCAAAUACAGGAUUUACUGGGAAAAGUGGACUUCACUGAGGAAGAAAUCAGUAACAUGAGGAAAGAGCUGGAGAAAUAUGGGAUUCAGAUGCCUUCAUUUAAUAAAAUUGGGGGUAUUCUUGCUAAUGAGCUGUCAGUGGAUGAAGCUGCGUUACAUGCUGCAGUAAUUGCAAUUAAUGAAGCCCUAGACAAAGGCGUUGCUACCCAAACAAUGACUACUUUGAGAAACCCAAAUGCAAUUUUGUCUAAUGUUGAAGAAGGCUAUGCCCAGGAGUACCACAACAAACUUUCAGAAGCCAAGAAAAUAAAAGAAGACAAUGCAAAAUUAAAGAAUAACUCUAUUUCUGAAGAAGAAAGAGAUGUGUAUGAAGAACUGCUAACACAAGCAGAGAUACAAGGCCAUAUCAAUAAGGUUAACACCAAUAUAGCUUUAGUCCAAGUAAAUGAGGCCAUUGACAGGAAGGAUGAAGUGGCUUUGAUUAAAGGUCUGACACUUCCUAUUCUGAGCCUUUUUGAUGUUCAGCCGCAAAAUUCUCCCUGGUAUCUGACACAGAUGUGUAACACUAAAGACCAGAAAACCCAGAAAGCAGGUGCUCCCAGUGCUCUUGACAAAAGCGACAUUCAGAAAGACGUUAGUGUUGCCAAUAAAGAAGCUGAGUCUCACGUACUUAUGCUAGAAGCUAUUGAAAAAAUCAAUGCUGCGAUACGUAGCGGCGACUCUUCACAAACUCUGGUGUGUCUUGCGGUGCCAGAGGCUCAGCUGCCCACCGUUCAUCCAUUUGCUGAAACUUUAUAUCAGACUGAACUGACCAGCCUGCAAAAGCAAAACCCUACGAACCACUUGACACAGGAAGAGCUCUUUAUUGCCGUUGAGAUGAUAUCUGCUGUGGCUUUGGUCAAUCAGGCUCUUGAGACUAAGGAUGUAAACGCUGUCCAGACCCUCUUAGCCAGCCCAUCCAUAGCUUUAAAUUACCUAGAAGAAGACAACCUACAGAGAUAUGUUCAGAUGUUGUUGUCUAUCAAAAGAGAAGCGUUAGCUUGUGGUCAAAGCUUUUUAAAUUGGAAUGAAAUUCAGAACUGUGUUGAAACUGUGAAUAAUGAAGUCAAUGAGGAGAAUGAAAGGAUUAUCGCUGUUGGAGAAAUUAAUGAAGCCAUUGAAAAAGGAGUUCCUCAAAGUACACUAGAGGCACUUUUGUUGCCAACUGCCAAACUUCAGGAAGUUUGCCCAGAAAAUGCUGUUCAUUAUCAAGAUGUCCUCCAACAAGCCAAGACCCAGAAAUGCAAGGAAUCUAAUGAUGAAUCAGCUGCCCUUUGGAUUGAUGAAAUACAGAAAGGAAUUCACAAUGCUAACCAAGACACAGAGGAUUCCAAAAAAUUGGCAUCUGGGGUUGCUGAAAUAAAUCUGGCUUUGGAAAUGGAUAGUCCAGACCAGACUCUGCUGGCAUUACAGUCCCCCAAGACGGGCAUAAAAGGCGUGCUGGCUGAGUGUACCGAUACUUACCACCGGGAUCUGUCGGAAGCCAAGAAACAGAAGCCAUGUGAAGGAGCAGAGGACAGUGCAUGGAUGAAGAUAAAGCUAAAAGAUCAAUUUGAUUACUAUUACAAUAUUGAAACAUGUGAAGGAAGUUGGUUCCAACCUGAAGGGGUUACACCAAAGAGUUCCUGGCUAACCAGGGAAGAAAUAAAGACGAUUGUCGGUGAAAUUACGGCAGAUUAUAAUCGGGAACAGCUGUGGAUGGCCAAUGAAAGUCUCAUUACUCUCCUGCAAGCCCAGAUUAGGGGAUACCUGGUCAGGAAAGCAUUCAACGAAAGGAAAAAAUAUCUUCGUGAGCAAGAGCCUUUUACAAUCAAACUCCAGGCAUCUUGGAAAGGAUAUAAACAAAGGAAAUCCUACACAGACAGACUAAAAUUACUACAAGGAAAUAUUGUUGGUAUUGUUAAGAUUCAGUCAUGGUAUCGGAUGUUAAGAGCAAGAAAAGAAUACAAGAAAAGAUUGCAGUAUUUCAUGGAUCAUGAAAAAGAAAUAGUUAAAAUACAAGCAUUUCUUCGUGCUAAUAAAGCCAGAGAAGAUUACAGAACAUUAAUUAGCUCUGAACAUCCACCACUAAAUGUUGUGCGCAAGUUUGUUCAUCUUCUGGAUCAAAGUGAUUUGGACUUUCAGGAGGAGUUGGAGGUAACAAGGUUAAGAGAGGAAGUGGUCACGAAGAUUAGGUCAAACCAGCAGUUGGAAAAAGAUCUUAAUCUGAUGGACAUUAAAAUUGGACUGCUGGUGAAAAACAGGAUCACAUUACAGGAUGUUGUAUCCCACAGCAAAAAGCUAAACAAGAAGAGCAGAGGCCAAGUAGAGGAGAUGCUGACUGUGGAUAAACAAGGAAUUAAAGGGCUGAGCAAAGAGAAGAGAAAAAAACUUGAAGCAUAUCAGCACUUGUUUUACCUUCUUCAGACAAACCCCACCUAUUUGGCCAAGUUGAUAUUCCAGAUGCCGCAGAAUAAAUCAACCAAGUUUAUGGAUACAGUAAUCUUCACAUUAUACAACUAUGCAUCUAAUCAGCGGGAAGAGUACCUACUCCUCAAGCUCUUUGAGACUGCUCUCCAAGAGGAGAUAAAGUCUAAAGUUGAUCAAAUACAAGAUAUUGUAACUGGAAACCCAACAGUGAUAAAAAUGGUGGUUAGCUUUAACAGAGGUGCCAGAGGGCAGAACACACUUCGCCAGCUCUUAUCACCAGUAGUAAAAGAAAUCAUUGAGGAUAAAUCACUUAUUAUUAACACAAGUCCUGUGGAAGUAUACAAGGCAUGGGUUAAUCAGCUUGAAACAGCCACCGGAGAAGCAAGUAAGUUACCCUAUGAUGUUACGACAGAGCAAGCCCUCUCGCACCCCGAGGUUAUUAAUAAAUUAGAGUCUUCUAUCCAAAGUCUGCGAACAGUUACGGACAAAGUUCUGCAGUCAAUAUUCUCCUCACUGGAUCUCAUUCCCUAUGGAAUGCGAUAUGUAGCCAAAGUUUUGAAAAACUCAUUACAUGAAAAAUUUCCUGAUGCAACAGAGGACGAACUCUUAAAGAUCGUUGGGAACCUUCUGUAUUAUCGGUACAUGAAUCCGGCCAUUGUUGCCCCCGAUGGGUUUGACAUUAUUGACAUGACCGCUGGGGGGCAGAUACAUUCAGACCAGAGGAGAAACCUGGGAUCUGUGGCUAAAGUCCUGCAGCACGCUGCGUCCAACAAACUGUUUGAUGGCGAAAACGCUCACAUGUCUUCCAUGAACAGCUACCUGUCCCAGACGCACCAGAAGUUCAGGAAAUUCUUUCAAGCUGCCUGUGAGGUUCCGGAGCCUGAGGAGAAAUUUAACAUUGAUGAAUUCUCUGACUUGGUGACCCUCAGCAAACCUGUAAUAUACAUCUCAAUUGAAGAAAUUAUUAACACCCAUUCUCUGCUAUUAGAACAUCAAGAUGCCAUUUCCCCAGACCACAAUGACGUUCUUCAUGAGCUGCUUGAGGGACUUGGAACUGUACCCGAUGUUGAAACGUUCCUUGGGGAAGGUGCUGUUGACUCAAAUGACCCAAACAAGGAAAAUGCUCUUAGUCAGUUGGCCAAAACGGAAAUUUCCCUCUCUCUCACCAGCAAAUUUGAUUUACGGGAAGGGGAAGACAAAGACAUGAAGAGCCUGAUGAUAAAGACUAAGAAAUUAAUAGUAGAUGUGAUACGAACUCAGUCUGGUGAAACACUGAUAGAAAUCCUGGAGACGCCCGCAUCAAUGCCACAGGAAAAUGAACACUUAAAGGUAGUAGAAAAACGAGCAGCCUUAGACGCCAAGACUCCAGAUAAAAUGAAGCGCAGUCAGUCAGUUUUGGAAGAAGGUCAGCUUCCUUUGGAACAGAAGAAAAGGAAAAUUCUUCGAAAUCUACGAGUUUUAGAACAAGCUGGAUUAGUAACAGAGGGGACAAAAUACCAGGAGAUCAUCAAUGAGAUUACAAAGGAUAUUCGAAACCAAAGACGAUAUCGGCAGAGACGAAAAGCUGAGAUGGUGAAGCUUCAGCAAACCCUAAAUGCCCUUAACUCCAAGACAGCUUUCUUUGAGGAUCAGAUAAAUUAUUACAACACGUACAUUAAGACUUGUUUGGAUAAUUUAACUAGAAAGAAUUCAAGGCGCUCUAUUAAAGUGGAUGGGAAAGGGGAAGAGAAGAGCACAAAGAAAAAUAAACAGUCGUCCUUAAAAUACACUGCUGCCAGGCUACACGAGAAAGGUGUCAUUCUGGAGAUAGAGGGACUGCAGACUAAUCAGUUUAAAAAUGUUUUAUUCGACAUUUCACCCAGCGAUGAAGUUGGUGACUUUGAAGUUAAGGCCAAAUUCCUAGGUGUUGAGAUGGAAAAAGUCCAACUUCACUUUCAGGAUUUGCUACAGAUGCAAUAUGACGGCGUGGCUGUAAUGAAAAUGUUUGACAAGGCUAAAGUCAACGUGAAUCUUCUUAUAUUUUUACUAAACAGAAAAUUUUACGGAAAAUAAAACAUACAUGGGUUGAAGGGGGGGUAAUGAAAUCAAUAACAAGUUUUUUUAAAAAUUUAAUAUAUUAAUUACAAUCAUAUUGUGCGAAAUAAAUCUAUUUGAAUUUAAAAAAAAAAAAAAA